AUGGAUUCCAGACCCGAGCCGCCGUCAACUGUACCGGCGACAGAGGCGCGACCCGUAUCCCACUUCAAUCCUCGUCCGUUCCCGUUCUUGCUGGUCCUCGUCGGCACGCCAGGCAGCGGCAAGAGCAGAUUUGCCGGACUCUUGAUCGCGGAUGCCGCUUUACGAUAUGAGCGCGUUUGCCAGGACGUGGCGUCAGCGCGAGGGACUCCUGGCACUCGGAAGCAGUGCUUGGCGCAAGUGAGGCGCCACCUACUGUCAGGGGCGAGCGUGGUGCUGGAUCGCUGCAACAUGAGCGUGGAGCAGCGCGCCGAGUUCCUCGCGCUCGCGCGCGCCUGCAACGUGCAGUCGCACGUGCUCGUAUUCGAGCUUCCCGUGGCGCUCGUCGUGCAGCGCGCGGUCAACCGAGUUAACCACGAGGGUGGCGUGCAGGGCCCCAGGGCGGCGGGCAUCAUACGACACCAGAUGAAGAUGCGCGAGCCGCCGGCUGCGGCGGAGAGCUUUCAGCGCGUCACUGUGUGCCGCACCGACGCCCACGUGGACCAGGCGCUCGCCUUCUACCGCGCCCUCUGCCCCUCCGCUUUCGCUGCUGCCAGUGGUGGUGGAGCUGCUGAGGGUCCUGGCUUGGUGGGGCUGCAAGGGGCGGGAGGAGGAAGGCUGGAGGUGCAAGGAAUGCAGCAGAGGCAGGGGGAAGAGGAGCUAGACGCGCGGGUACGGGAGAUGCAGCUGGGGCACUGGAGAAGGGGGGAAGAUGCGCAAGCGCAGGGACAGGGAGCAGAGGGAGCAGAGGGAGCGGGGCAGGGAGGUCGGGAGGGCCCAGGGCGUCUAUGGUGGCAAGGUCGUGCGGAGAGAGAGCGGGGUGCAGGCCUCGUGGACGGGCGGGGGGAGGGCCUUGUGGAUGCGCACGGGGAAAGGCUCAUCAAUGGACGGGGGGAGGGUUGCGCGGAUGGGCGGGGAACAGAGGGGGGUGAAUGGCGACAUGUGCAAGCACAUUGGAACCUGGAGGGCUCGUAUGGGUUGAGGCAAGACAGAUGUGAGCAGGUUGCUCCUGCCGCUAAUGAGGGGGCUGAGAAGAACGAGGGUCGACAAAGAGGAGGGGAGGGAGGAGGCAAGGACGACGAGCACGAUCAGCAGAGGGGGGAGCGCAGAGAUCACUGGAAGGUGGACGGAAACAAGGGAGAGGAGAAGGACGAUGAGCAAGACGAGGAGGAGCAGCAGCCGCCACAGCCACCGCCGCAGCAGCAGCAGCAGCAACAACAAGCGCAGCAGCAGGAGGCAGCAGGGCGGUGGGUGCUGGCGUUUCCGUCCAUCUCAACGGCUGAUUUCAAGUUUGACAGGGAGAGGGCGGCUGCAGUGGUGCUUGACUGCGUCACUGAGUUCCUCUGGCGCAACGGGGCAGCAGCCACGGCAGCACCACUGCCAGGAGUGCGGGCGAGGGCAGAGUGGGUGGCGAGGGUGGUGGGGAUCGUGAGAAUGGUGAGGGUGGUGCGGGUGAUGUGGUGGGAGGAGGGAGAGAAGGGAGCAGAUUUGAAGGGAGGCUUACAAGUGGAGAGUGAAGCGCCUGGCUCGCCAGCGGGGGCUGCCGUUCGUUGA